AUGGAUGGCGACUGGGGGAACAGUACCGCAGUCGGGCGCGGCAGGGUGCUGGCAACCCUUGGAAAACUGGUGCUUGAAAAUGUAGAUCAGCUGGCGCGCCUUGAAUCACUUGAUGUUGGAAAGCCCUACAAGCAAGCGAAAGCCGACGUGAUCGCGCUGGCCCGCUACAUGGAGUUUUACGCUGGGGCUGCUGAUAAAAUUCACGGUGAGACUAUUCCCUAUCUGGAUGGUUAUACGGUUUAUACAUUGCGUGAACCUCAUGGCGUCACCGGCCAUAUUAUUCCCUGGAAUUACCCAAUGCAGAUUAUCGGCCGCUCGGUUGGCGCUGCUCUUGCCAUGGGCAAUGCUGCGGUUCUCAAGCCGGCGGAAGAGGCUUGCCUAACCGCGCUGGUUUUUGCCGAUCUUGCAAGACAGGCUGGUUUGCCGGCAGGUGCGCUGAAUAUCGUUCCCGGAUUGGGAGAGGAGGCUGGUGCAGCAUUAACUGAACAUCCGGACGUGAACCAUAUUUCCUUUACCGGUUCGGUUGGCGUUGGCAAGAUUAUCCAGACAAAUGCUGCGAAGAACAUCGUACCGGUAACCCUCGAACUUGGCGGCAAGUCGCCGCAGCUGGUAUUUGAGGAUGCCGACAUAGACACGGCACUGCCAUUUUUGGUGAAUGCCGGGAUCCAGAAUGCGGGUCAAACCUGUUCUGCUUCGUCGCGCAUUCUUGUUCAUGUUGACCGCUAUGACGAAGUCGUGAGUAAGAUGUCUGCGCGCUAUGAAGCGCUGCAGGUUGGGCCGGCAAUGGAUGAUCUGGAUGUUGGGCCGUUAAUUUCCGUGCGGCAGAAGUCCAUCGUCGAGGACUUUCUCGCUAAAGGAAACGAUCUUGAAAUUGCAGCUAAGGGCACUCUGGUUGGCUCUGCGCCCCAGCGCGGCACCUAUGUCACACCAACAUUGUUUGCAUCUCCACCGGCCGAUCACGUGCUCGCACAAGAGGAGAUUUUUGGUCCUGUGCAGGUUGUAAUACCGUUCCAAGAUGAAGCAGAAGCAGUCACAAUCGCCAACGGCACAGCGUUCGGUCUCGUUGCAUCCGUGUGGAGUCGCGACGGCGCCCGCCAGAUGCGCCUCGCUAAGAAACUGCGAUCCGGACAGGUCUUCAUUAACAACUACGGUGCCGGUGGUGGGGUUGAGCUUCCAUUUGGUGGCACCGGUCAAUCCGGCCACGGGCGAGAAAAAGGGUUUGAAGCGCUUUACGGCUUCUCUACUUUAAAAACCGUGGCCGCACUUCAUGGGUAG